AUGGCGCCUUCGCUUCUCUCCACGCUCUCUUCCGCCCUUCUUCUGGGUACCACCGUCUCUGCCACCCAGUCAUACCAGCUGGUGGACAGCUACGACUCUACGAACUUCCUGGACAAGUUUGGUUUCUUCACCAGCGACUACUCCACCGGCGAUUACAACGAUGUCGACCCCACGGGCGGAUACGUCAACUAUCAGUCUGCUGAGAAUGCCCAGGCUCAGGGCCUUCUGAAGAUCGUCGACGACGACCUAUAUCUCGGCGUCGACUCCACGACAACCCUGGAUCCCGUUGGCGUUGGCCGUAGCUCUGUCCGUAUCGAAAGUAAGAGCAAGUACCAAAAGGGUCUCUUCGUUGCCGACUUCUCCCACUUUCCCAAGCCUACUUGUGGUGCCUGGCCUGCUUUCUGGACCGUCGGCAACCCCUGGCCUGCUGCCGGUGAAAUCGACAUUGUCGAGACCUGGAACUUGGAUAACGUCAACAAGGUUGUCCUCCACACCGACAGCGACGUUGGCGAGUGCCGUAUCGACGGCACUGGCAUGACCGGCACCGUCAGCAAACCCAACUGCGCCAACUAUGCCGCGGGCCAGUCUGACAACGAGGGCUGCGCCGGUCUCGACUCUUCUGCUCCUUUUGGCUCUGCCGAAGGCGGCGUAUACGCCAUGGAGUGGACUGAUACUGCGAUCAAGGUUUGGGGCUUCACACAUGCCAACGUUCCGGCCGACAUCGCCAACAACCCCAACCCCGACAACUGGGGAACUCCCAGCUUCACCACCAGCGUCUGCGAAGCCUCCAAGGUCUUUGGCGAGGCGAAGAUGGUUCUAAACGUAGGUCUGUGCGGCGUAGCCGGCAACGAGGGCAUUUGGGAUGCGGAAAAUGGCUGCCAGGCUCAGACUGGUCUCACCUGCAAGGAAUGGGUUGCCAGCAACCCGGCCGCCUUUGCUGAUGUCUACUUCCAGCUCAGCUCCAUCAAGAUCUACCAGAUGGGCGAGGCCAGCAACACUACUCUCUCCACCAGCCAAAUCGCCUCUUCCACUGCCGUUGCCAGCACUGCUGUUGCGUCCGAUGUCGUUGUGUCGAGCACUGCCGCUGCUACCGGCAUCGCCACGGAGUCCGGCGCCGAGACCCACUCCGUCUCCGCUUCCGCCGGCCCCGCCGAGACCCCGAUCGCCGAUCUGCCCACCCGCCUGGCCACCUCCACCGUCUACCAGACCAACGUUAAGACCAUCACCUCGUGCGCUCCCACCGUCACCAACUGCCCUGCCCGCGAGACUCCUCAGAUCGUCACCGAGGUCGUCCCCUUGACCACCACCAUCUGCCCCGUCGUCGACGUCCCCACCACGAUGACCGUCUCCAAGACCGAAGUCCACACCAUCACUUCCUGCGCGCCCACGGUCACCAACUGCCCCGUCGGCUCCAAGACCACCAUCACCAAGGAGGAGGUCAUCUCCACCACCGCCGCCAUCCCCGUCGAGAGCUAUACCAAGCCCGCCGCCGGCACAACCACCCAGGCCGAGAAGCCCGUCAUCACCACGCAGCCCCCCGCCGGCCAGAUCACCACCUACAAGACCAACAUCGUCACCAUCACCUCCUGCCCUCCCACCGUCACCAACUGCCCCGUCGGCAAAGAGACCACCAUCAUCACCAGCGAGGUCAUUCCCGCAACCAGCGUCGAGGGCGAGAAGCCCGUCCCUGUCACUCCUCAGGCCCCUGACGUCCCCGUCGUCCUGACCACCUACAAGACCGAGGUCCAUACCAUUACCUCAUGCGCCCCUACCGUCACCAACUGCCCUGUCGGCAAGGAGACCACCAUCGUGACCAGCGCCGUCAUCACCACCACUGCCCCCGCUGCCGGUGUCCCUGUCACCAACGUGCCCCAGAACCCCUCCGUCCCCGGCUCGGAGAUACCUGUCGUCCCCGGCACCCAGUCCCCCGUCACUACUGCCCCGGUUGUUCCUGGAACCGACGCUUCUACCGCCAGCGCUCCCGCCGCCGGCCGGACCAACUCCGCCGAGAAGCCCGUAGCCGAGACCCCCGUUGACACCGCGAUGCCCACCACUCUGGUCGUCGCCCCUUCUUCUCCUUACAACGGCACUCUCCCCACCGGUCUCUUCCCUACCGGUACCGCCGCUCCUUGCAUCGGCUCUGCGUGCCCUGCUACUACAACCGGUCCCGUUCAGGCCGGCGCAGGCAAGCUUAGCUCAGGCGCAUUCAUGAUGGCCGUGGCGCUGGCCGUCUUUGUCAUCUAA